AUGUCAGGUUCCUCUGAAGCCCCUAUGACAGAGGCUCUCCUCGCAAAACUAGCUGUACUCGAGGCAAAAUUUAGUGAUUUGGAAUUAAAGUACAAAUUCCUCAGUGAUGCGCGCUUGAAGGAGAUUAACGGAACCAAAAAAACAGAUAACUCAACGAAGAAAAAGGUUGGUUCCGCCGCGGAGAAAAGCAAUAAGAAUGUGUCGGAUUCGCACUCCAGGGUAAAAAUCGUAGUCCAGAAAGUCGAUCCGAAUACUGGUGAACGGAUUGAACAUCACACGGAAGCUGAAAGCACCGAGGACGACAGUAGUGAAGCCAGGGCUUUCACAGUGAAAAAGGUCGUUUACGACAAGUUCGGCACCGGGAAUCGAAUGUCAAGUGAGAUAGACAUUAAGAACCCGGCCCUCUGGGAGUUGCUGAAAAAGACCUUGGGGCAUUACCCCUACCACAUAUUUAGGGGGCCCCCAGUCACCCUUAAUUCUCCGUUCGCACCUCUUGUGUUCAAUUGGGACGUUCUGACCCAAGAGGCCGCCCGGCCAGAGAAAGACCACACAGACAAGGUGGCGCUCGGUGACUUGAAACUUCUACUGGAAUUUGUUUCCAGUGCCACGAGUGGCGACGAGAAGCUCGUCAAAUACUUUCAAAGCAGAGAUACGUACUUAAAGCAGGGUUCAGUGCAAUUCGACGACCUUUGGACAAUCUUUCCCCCUGGCAGUCUGAUUUACGGCAAACCAUUCCAGGGUCAGCAUCAAGUCUUUGUCGUCCAAGGGAACAAGUACACUUGGCCACGUCGUGAUGAAGAAAAGUCACAAUAUGUUUCCUGGAAGUUCGCCGCCUGGACCUACGAUUGGACGGGAAGGGAGUUCGAGCGCACGAGGUUCACUAUAGCGAUUGAGCCAUUUGACGGCCACCGACCUAUCGCCUCCCUGCAGUACCACCCUUUUGAUGCUCAUCCAGAUCGUCAGUCAAUUGAGCAAAAGCUUGUUGAACGCGGGAAAAGAUUCCGCGAGUUCUGUACCGCUACCGGGGGUGGCCGAUUGUUUGACUACACAGGAUGGGUAAUCUGCGGCCGGAAAGGCCUGUCUAGUUUACUGCAAAGUGAUGAUGAUGAUUCCGAUAUCCACUCGCGGAGCUCUCGAUUGUCAUAUAUCUUAGGGAUAUCUCAGAGCUCACGCAUGAGGGAACAAGUAACGGAGUCCACUCAUGUCGACGGUAGAGUCAUGGUCGACUACGACUCGUACUUGCAGUACUCUUCUGUGACUGCAGGCAAUGGAACACUGCACAGGGAUCGUGAUUACCGCGAGUGCCUGUGUGAUGAUUGCCAGGUCAACGAAGGUCUCACGCGAAGGUCGAGGUCUCACUUUGAUAAGAGUGACAACCCGAAUAAGAGAGAUUGGGAAGAUGAAAGGUACAUGUUAUGCCCUCCUAGGGUCCUCGGGUACAUCCUUGGUGAAAAGCAAUGGGCACAGCUCCAAGUCAGCCUCUUGAAAAAGGUUCCGUUCGAGAUGCACAGCGAUGCAUGGAGCUCCAGACUCCAGCUGGCUGAAGAUGCUACCAAGGACCUUCUGCUCGAGCUUGUCAAGAGCCACGUGUCUAACCAUGGAGAGAGUUCUAACAAGGCGGAGAGAUGCCUAGAAAUUGAUGAUAUUAUACCCCACAAGGGCAAGGGACUCAUCGUACUUCUAUAUGGACCACCUGGCGUAGGGAAAACAUCCACUGCGGAGAUCAUCGCCCUUGCAACGCGGAAGCCGCUGUUCUCAAUCAGUGUUGCUGAUGUCGGCACCGAUCCGAAAAGGGUUGAAGCAAAUCUGGCCAAAAUAUUUGCAUUGGCGACAUCAUGGGAAGCUAUCCUCCUCAUUGAUGAAGCCGACGUCUUCCUCGAAAGCCGAGGGAAAGUGUUCUCGGGGUCUAUUGAGAAAAAUGCUUUGGUUUCAGUAUUCCUUCGAGUGCUCGACUACUACCAAGGGAUCAUGUUCCUCACGACAAAUCAAAUCGCUCAGUUCGAUGUAGCAAUACCUUCUCGUAUUCAUGUCGCCAUUAAGUAUGAGAGUUUGACCAAGACUCAGGCGACGAAGAUAUUUGAAGGAUUUCUAAAACCAUUGGAAGAUAACGAUGAAAUACAUGAUUAUGAAAGAAUCAAGGAAUACCUGAAUGACGAUGUUCUCUCUAUCAGAUUUGAUGGUCGUCAGAUCCGCAAUAUAAUCACGACAGCACUGGGAAUAGCUCGCGCAGAAAGCGGCUCUCAGGCAGGCAGGAAGGGAAAACUCAAAAAGGCGCACCUGAAGAAAGCUGUCCAGAAUGCGAGAGCAUUCAAAGAAGAGUUUGUGGUUCAAUAUGACCGGUAUAAGGUGAGCCAGGAGAAAAUGAUUCAAGUGUAA